CCCUACACCUGUCGCUCGUGGCGCGUCAAAGGCGCCAUAUUCGUCAUCAUCACCGCCUGGUGGGUCCAGUCCUGGGCCUGGUACUCGAUAACCGGCCUCCUCCUCACCGACAUGGCCGCGAACAUGGACUUCAAAGCGAAGGCGCAGCGGGGUAUCAAGGUAUGGCGAUCAAUCCGGUGCCCUUCAUACGUCGUGUAUCUCAUGAUCCUUGCCUCUGGCCUGGUCAUUCAGUACCUCUGGGUUGCGUGGCGCCCGGAGUACCACGACGCCGAACUGAUCGCGCACGGGGGCUUGUAUUACACCGGAGGCCUGAACGAAGAUUUCGACGUCAAGCAGCCACAGGCGAGAGAUGAUAACUACCUCGUGCUGCUGGGAUUUUUCUUGUUCAUUGAGACGUCGGAUGUGCUUCAGUGGGCGUUGGCGAAUCCGCUAUUUGUCUACUUGGGGAGACGGUCGUUGAGCUGGUUCCUCGUCUCCAGUAUCAUCGUAUACACGCUUGGCAUCAGGCUCUACUAGAUGUUGCCUAUUGCGAACGGUGCUGCGUCGGUUGCCGUCUGCUUCUUCGCGUCUGUCGCGGCGACGGCAGUCGGAGCAGAGGGCUUUUAUCGCGUCGUGGAAGUACCGUCACACGUGCUGUCGCAUAUGGCUUUCGACUGGAUCAGGGAAUGAUUUAUACUCAGUGUGUAGGAACAAGAAAGUUGCAGACGAGUAAUGAGUGGAAUCAAGAAGGUAAUCAUAGGCUGGAAAGCCAGUGGGAUUGAGGUACGGAGAGCUCACGGCUUUUGUACAUAUGACCAUGAUGUAGAUGUAACAUUCAAUAAGACA